UCAAAUGAUCCGGGGAACCCGCCAUUUCCGGAUUGCGAGACAUUUUUGGGACACCCUGUACACAUGCUAUAAUACAUGUGCUAUGUCCGUUCUGUACGGCGAGCCUCCUCUGCGACCGUUAUCGCGUUAUUUCCUUAUCGCGAAAGAAAACCCGAUAAAAUGGCACGCCGCUAUGCGAUCGCCCAGCUUGCGGUGCGGCACGAAUAGCCGGCCAUUGUUUAUGUCAUUCGUUCGCCGCAAUUUCGCUCGAGCGCGUCUCAGCGGAUCCAAUUCUUCCUGGACACAAAGCCCCGUUAUUAAUCGACGAUAAUCGUGAGAUAAGGCAGGUCGUGAAACGUCCACGUCAAGAUCACUGUAAAAAAAAAGAGAGUCAUCGGCAAUCGUGAAACGGUACACGUGUAUCGUUCCUGUAGCCUCUGCAUCAAUGAACGGAUACCCAGUUGCAACUAUCGCAUUUAAAAUUUGUCUCACGUUCCCGGCGAAAGGUCGUCAAAUAAAUUUCAAUGGCUUCACGUCGCUCGACGAUUCGUACGUACAUAUAAUAUGCACCGGCUAAUUGUAGCCAGAGAAUCGUAAACUACAUUCGGUGGAGGCAACGAAGAAAAAGAACAUUGUAUUCAACGUUAUUGCCGGUGAACACGCAUCUGGCCGACCCGGAUGAACCGUCGGAAGAUCAAUCGAGCAUACAUUCGUAAGCCGAACCGGACCGCGGCACUUCUCCCGACACACAUUUUAUUUCUCGAAUUGAGAAACACACCGGCGGCCGGGGCGCAUAUCGGAAAUGGGUGGAGCCGUUUUCGAUCUUUGCAACACCGUCGGAUUCGUGUCGCCGAUUCUCCACGACCGAGAAAACCGUGUGCGGACGCUAGAAAAUCACACGGUCUCGUUCGUUAUUGGUAACGCAAGGAUCCAACAGCUUCGUAAUCCGUAACGAUAUUCUCCACUUACCUUCGAUUUUAUCAAUUCGAUUUUAGUAAACAAUAAUUUCCAUUCUGGACGACGUACUGUUACAACAACGUAACCAUCGUUCGGAUUGGACGCAUUGUACUCCACAUUUGAAUCGAAGUGUAGACAAGAAAUAGUAUUUUCUCUAACCUAAAAUAUCGAACGAAACAAUAUUUGCUUCAUUCAAGCAUCAAACGAAAUAAUAUUUCGAAACAGCAUUAACUUUGUGCGAAUAUUUCGACGUUUACUGUUUUCUAAAAAUUUCUACGAAGUCUUCGUCAGCGUUAGCAGCAUUUUCUCCAGUGUAAAGUGGGCCUCUCGUCGCGAGAAGAGUGGGUACGCUGAUCAAGUGCGCGCGCGUACAAUCUCCAUCUUUCUUUUUCCCCUCGUAUUCGCCGUCUUCCUCCCACCGCCGCGAUCCGUUCGCGCUCGAGUCCCGGUCGCUGACUACGUGUCCCCCUAGGGCGGCCGCGGCGCGCAUGCGCGGCCUCGCGGCUCGCGACUAUGACGUCACGCGGCAUGACGCCACAACGCCCGAUUGGCGGAGCGCGUCGUAGCCGUCGUUGUGUCGUCGUCGGCCGUCGUUGUGUUCUACCCGUGCGUGGUGUAUACGCGGAUAGUGUAAGUGGGCGGCGGGGUGAGGGAAAAACGAGCGAGCGAGCGAGCGAGCCUGGAGCAGGCUGAAGGGCGAGAGGAGGGGGGGACCGACACCCGUAGCUCCGCUUUACCGCCGCAUUCUCGAGCGUUCGUCUCCGUUCGUCUCCUCGUACGGCAACCAGGCGAGCGAGAGCCGCACGUCGUGUCGCGAGCGCGCAUACCAUUACUUUGUCUGGUGUGUCUCGUGUUCAACCUAGAAUACGAUUCCCUAGUUUUCGUCCAUCGGUGUCCGUCUUUGUAUCCCGAGUGGCGUCGACAUUCGCACAGAGAGCCCCUCGAUCGAAUCAAUCCGUCGGUUUCCGUUUAACGAUUUCACUGCGAACGGGAGUAAGCAGAACAUUGUAGACUGCUUGGACUUGCAAAAGGGGCCCUCGGUUCCUUCGUCUGCGGUUUGUCACAGGAAGAUGCAUUCGCAGUCCUCGUGCGAUUGUUACUGCAAAACAGGCGAGCCGACGCAUCGUCGUCGGAACGGAAUUCAAUGCGACAGGAGUCGUGUGAGACUGGUGACGUCGAAAACUUCCGUUUGCAAGACGGAUACCAGCAGGAGCGGACGAAACGUUCCAUUAACACCCGCGAAUCCUGUUAACGAUGAUCGGCUGGAUAGUAAAAGAUCUGCCACGAUGCCUCCUGUCUCCCCGGACCUCAGCCCGGAAACAUCGGCAGCGCUCGAGAAUGUGGACAGAUUGGUGAAAGAUGCACAGAUCCAAAUCAAAGCAAUCAACAUGGUCGCCGAUUGCAACGGUUUUCAAACGCCUGUGAAAACGUACUCGGCCGAGGUGUCCUUGGACGACGAGAACGACCAACUGUUAUACGUGCGUGAACGAGUGGCUUGGAAAUUUCAAGAGGCGAACAGCCGACCGGACGCGAGUCACGGGAAUCCGAAAACCGAGGGAAUAUCGUACGAAAGAAAGCUUCGCGCCGUGCCGAGGAAGAUCACCGAUUUCUCCGCGCCGAAAUUCAAGAUGCCCGAGGAACGCUGCAAGGAAUUCAGGUGUUGCGGCCCGUCGGUGGUCCAGGAUCCAGGAAUUUCGGGCGUGGAUACACAGAGCGGAGCAGAGAGAGCCAAGGGAGCCGUCGAUGCGCCGAGCCUCGAGCGAAACCCGCGGUUGAAGAGCUUCAGCUAUCAAGCAUGUCCGACGGUGAACAUCGAAAGGCAACUGACCGCCCGGAAUUUGGAGAGCAUUCAUAUAUCGCCGGAUCCGUCGUUCGUCCAAGAGAACGCGAACGUUGGGACUUACAUAGUUUCCCACGGAUGCGGGACCAAAGGUCAGGCCCGCAAGGAGAAGUUCGCGAAGAUAUUCGAGGAGCCUAGGGACGCCGCGAAUAGCAAACGACCGAGCGAGAACCGAAGGAAGAAGCACGGGACAGCGACGAAUGAAGUCAAGGAUAGCGACGAGUCCUCGCGCGGUUCGGUUUCGAGAGGAUCGUCGGCAGAUAUUUCGGGAACAUCUGCUGGAGCCUCUUCGGCGAACGUCGGGAACGAUGCGGAAGACGCGGGAAAACGGGACGAGGGAGCAGCGAUCGGCGGUGGGAACGAGGAAGACAUUGAAUCGGUGACGACAGAGGACGUCGUCGACAGAAAACCGGAAGAUCGGGAAGCGCGGGUGGAGAUUGAGACGUUCGAGGAAGGAACGGACUGCGGAGCAGCGAAGAAGGGUGCUGCCGGUGUGAAAAGCGAGCACAAGCAAGUGCGUUUCAGCGAGGAAGUCCUCGAGGAGGUCCCCGAGGAGGUCCACGAGGACAUUAUAGAACCGGAAGCAAGAAAUAAUGAAGAGAGAAGCAAACCCAUUGAAUUGGAAGACUUCCUCCCUGCGGGAGGAAUUAAAAUACGCCAGGACUUCUCGUCGCCGCGCGAGCGAGAAGAGGAAAAAGAGGAAAAGAAAGUCCACGAUGAGAGGAAUCGCGAGCGCGAGUGCUAUAAGGUCGUCGAAGAAAAUUUCGCGAGUCUCCGUCGCAAAUAUUGCGACCGGAAUGAUCGAAGCCUAGAGGAUCACAGCCUUCCCGAAUCUUUGAACUUGGAUACUUCCGGCGAGGGCUCGGAGGGCUCGACCGUCGAAGAAGAAUUGUAUGAUCCGGCCAUCGAGGAAUUCGAUGACGUACUGCUGGCUUAUAGCAAAAUGAUCGAGGACGCGUCGCAGUCGAUAAGAACGAUAGACGAGUAUUUAACGCGGCCAGAGCUGAGGGAAUUUCUGCAAAACGACGCGGCCUCGCAGUACAGCGAGUCGACGAAACCGGCGCGGUUGCGCGAACGAUCUCGCAACGAUCUCGAGAUGCCAAAGAGAAAAUCGGUUAGGGAUGAAAGAGCUAUGAAACACAAGGAUAUAAACGAGGGGCGCAGAUCCUGCGGGACAAUGACUCGGGCCAAGGGCGCGAGAUCCGUGAAAUCGCGAGCGGUUCGGUUCGAUAAGCCGGAUUGCGAUUCGGAGAAGAAACGCGUCUCUCCCGAAAGCUCGAUGGGCGAUCCGUUAAGAGGCGAUUCGAAAGUUGGAAAACGGACAGACGCGAGAAUUUCAUCGAAUGCGGAGACCGCGUUGACCGAAAGCGACAGCGGCAAGAUUGCAAGGCACAUCGAGAAAACGCUCGCGAAAUUCUUCCAAGUGCAACGUUCGCGAAGUGCGGCCGCUUUCCGAGCGGGAGACGAAAGCUCGAGCUUGAUCAGCUCCGCGAAUGUCUCGUCAGCGAGCACGGACACGCGGAGCCUCGGCGAAGAUAAAUUGGAAGCAGCGUCGAGAGUCCUCGGUGACCUUGAGAAAGAGCCGAGUCCGCAGGAACGCGCGGUGAUCCUGCAAGAGUUUGAAGGAAAGCAAGCUGGCUUCGAGGAUAAAGUAAAAAAUGCAUUGGAUCUGGAGAAAAUGAUGCCGAUAUUAAUGAAGAACUUGCUGGAGAAUUUUCAGAGCGACGCGACCGGCUCGCCGCAUAAUCUUGAGUUACUGAUAACGGAGAACGCGCCGGUGAACAAUGUCGAGUCGAACGCGCACGAGAUGGACACUGCACGCCUGAAGACCGACGACGAAUCUGAGGAGAAAUGCUCGGGGAUCCGGACUGAUGCGAAGGAGAUCGUGAAAAGCGGCGUAAAUAUUAGCGAGAAAAAUGCCAGCGGCGAAUCCGUUUGUGAAAACAUUGACGCCGAUUUCGUCGAUAAGCCAGCGAGUCGAUCUUCGAAUUCUGAACAAGUUGCGGAGCAAUGCUUGAAACAAGAGAACUCGGUCACCGAGCCGAGUAACGUUAAUUCGAGCGUCGAAUCGUUGAGAGAACUUUUGAGUGCGAAAAGCAACGGUAGCUCGAACAGAAAAAUGGAGGACGGCGUCGUAGAAAGCUGCGAAUACGUGGAACAGAAGGGUAAUAAUGAUGGAAAUUUAGCUAGAAUGGAAACCGAUCGGAGCAGAACUGAUGAAAGAGUGCAGAGCAACGUAUCGGUGCCGGCAUGCGAAGGUGCAGCAUCGGAGACAACGAAUAGCUUGUCUAUUAUAAAAAAUAAAGGAGCCGAGAGUACGCGUCUAAAGGAUUCUGUUAACGAAGAUUUUCCGAGUAAAGCAAGUUCUAGAGUGGAAAAUGAGAGGAUCGAGUUGUCCGAGUUGGACCAGAAUAAAAGAAAAAUCCCAGUAGAAUAUAAUGACAGAGGGUCAUCGUCUUCUGAUUCUUUGCGCGAUUGCGUAUCUCUUGGAUCCUCUUCGAGAAACGAACCAAAACUAUUAAAAACGACGGAGUCGACCGGCAAGAUAAAUGAGACCGAUCAAAUUACGGAAACGAAUGACCCAGUGAACAGUAUUUCCAGCAGAGUAUUCAAUGAAGAACAUCCACGCGGCCAUACAUUUGAAAAAGAGAAGAUUCUUUCAGACUUGUAUGACGAGAUACACGAGCAACUGUUACAUUCCACACUCGCCGCGAAUCAUUCGACUCUGGUCCAGCAGAAUCCUAGGACGUUGGAAGACAUGCCUCCAACAGUCUCACAGACAAUCGAGUCGGUAUCUUUGGACACUUCCCGCUCUGAGGGUGAAUUGUUCAUGCCGAGUUCCGGUUCUUGUUCUCUGGGCGAAAUUAAAAUGCUGAAUACCAAUGAUCAAGACAAUAUAAUUACAGUCUUUGUCACAAAGGAGACGUUGACUUUGUGGAGCGAGUCCUCAAAAUCGUUGGUACAAAGUAUAGGGGAAAUUUAAAGUUGCUGCUUUGACGAAAAGUGCGUUGACGAGUAUGCCGGAAUUACGUAUGUAUGCAUUGCAUUUGAAGAUGCAACGGCGGUGACGUAUUCCCGACUACUUGUGCUUCCACAUAAACAGUAGGAGAUGAUUCAUAACUGCAUCGAUACAUUAUAAGAAAAUUUGUUAUUUAAAGUGUUUGUAUCGUGUACCGACAAAUUAUGAAAGUAUGUAUAAUUAAGGAAAAGUAACAGUGUUAUAGAAUGCG